AUGAAAAGAAAUCUUAAAAUUACAAAGGAGACUGCCAGUCUUUUAGAGCAAAGAAAAAAAUCAGUAAGCAUUAGCCCAAAAAGAGCAGUAUCUAAGAGAUCUCCAAGAAGGUCUCCUGUCACUCCAAGUAUUCCAAACUCAUCUCGUCUUUCGCCAACACCAUUUCGCCCUCAACCCCAAAGCUUAAUUGAAGACCUUAAGCCAAUCCCUUCCAAAAAAAUACCUCUUUUUCACAGGCGAAAUAUUUCUGCAAUGUCAAUACCUAACGAUCUGCCUUCACUACACAAAAGAAUAGUUUCGUUAGAUUUAAAGCCGCACUCAAUUUCAUAUGCAUGAGGAACCAAAAAAGGACUUACAUGAAGAAACCCUCUCAAAGAAAACCAAGACUCAAUUAUAAUCCAUCCUAAUUUGUUUACAGACCAACAGACUCAUUUUUUUGGAAUUUGUGAUGGUCAUGGAUCUGCAGGGAAACAAAUUUCUCAAUUUGUAGCUGAACAGUUAGUUAACGCCCUAAAAAUUGAUGAGGAUUUGCUGGGUUCUUCGAAAAGAGCUUUAAUCCAGGCAUUUAUGAAAGCAAAUUCAGACCUAUUUAGGUCAUCUUAUGAAAUCACGUUUAGUGGGACCACAGCUUGUGUUGUUUUAAUGACUCAAAAUAAGAUUUUUUGCGCAAAUGCAGGAGACUCAAGAGCUAUUUUAGGAAGAAAUACCAAUGGGAGGUGAGACUCUAUACCAAUUAGUAGAGAUCAUAAGCCUAAAGAAUUAGAUGAAGCAAGCAGAGUUAUGAAAUCUGGAGGAAGGAUUUGUGAACAGGAAAUUGGUGGGAAAAAGUAUGGACCUUUGAGAGUAUGAAUGAAAAAUCAAAACUUGCCUGGACUUGCGAUGACAAGAUCUUUAGGAGACACAAUUGCGCAUCAAGUUGGAGUCAGCUCAGAGCCUGAAAUUAUUGAAAGAAAUAUUAUGCAUCAAGACAGAAUUAUAGUCAUAGGAUCAGAUGGUCUAUAUGAGCACAUGAAAAAUGAAGAAAUAAUAGAAAUAGCUAGCAAUUAUUAUGACAGUUACCAAGUCACAACUGCCUGUAAGGAAAUUGUUGAUGAAGCAAGAAAGUUAUGAGAAAAUGUAAGAUUCACGUAGAGAGACGGAGGGAUUGAUGAUAUUUCAUGUAUUGUUAUAUAUUUAAAAUAG